AUGCCUCGCAGUGUCACCGUGGCUGCCGUUCAGUUCGCCUGCACAGACGAUGAGACUCAGAAUCUGCAGACCGCGGAGAGGCUGAUCCGUGAAGCCCAUGCGCGUGGCGCCAACAUCAUCCUACUGCAGGAGCUCUUUUCCGGGUUCUACUUCUGCCAGGCGCAGUGUGCUACCAACUUCCAGCGAGCCCGGCCCCGCCACAACCACCCUGCCAUUACUAGGAUGCAGCAGCUUGCAGCAGAGCUGCAGGUGGUGCUGCCUGUGAGCUUCUUUGAGCGCAGUGGAGGGGAGCCGGAGAACAGUGCUGGUGGUGGCGGCGGUGUUUCCGGUGGUGGUGGUGGUGGCGGUGUGGCGCAUUUCAAUUCGCUGGUGGUGAUUGAUGCUGAUGGCAAGGACCUUGGACUGUACCGCAAGUCACACAUACCAGAUGGACCCGGGUACCAAGAGAAGUUCUACUUCUCACCAGGGGACUCGGGUUUCAAGGUGUUCAAGACACGCUACGCUGCCAUUGGCUGUGGCAUCUGCUGGGACCAGUGGUUCCCGGAGGCAGCGCGGGUGAUGGCGCUCAAGGGAGCAGAGCUGCUGCUGUACCCCACAGCCAUAGGCUCGGAGCCUCAAGAUGCCUCCAUUGACUCGCAGCCACAUUGGAGCACUGUCAUGCGCGGCCACGCUGCUGCCAACCUGAUGCCUGUCAUUGCAUCCAACCGCAUUGGCACGGAGACCAUUUCAACCGAGCGCGGCCCCAGCACGAUUACUUUCUACGGCUCCUCCUUCGUCGCUGGGCCGACUGGGGAGAUGUUGCAGCAGGCAGGGCGGGUGGAGGAGGCUGUUUUGGUGCAAUCAUUUGAUCUGGAUGCAUUGUGGCAACAGCGCAUUGGAUGGGCUCCGGUUGAACACUUCACUCAGGUGGAUUAUUUAUUGGUGCCUUUAAUCAGGCUGACAGCCACUGGUGGAAUAGCGGUGGAUCCACCAAGCACUGGUUGUACCGCCAUGGAUUUCGUGUCGCCGUGUCGUGCGUUGACAAUUUUAACGUUCGUUGUGGUACUCGCGGGUGCGGCGGUGGCGCAAGAGUACUGCUUCCCUUCCGAUUAUGCGCGUCUAUCCACAGCAUGUACGGGAACGACGCGUCAGGUGGAGUACAAGAAGGUUCGCGACUGCAAAGACCCCUUCCCUAUCCAAGAGAUCCACGACGAGCCCUGCACAUGUACGCCUGAGGACUACACUCUCCAGUACAAGACCACGCCUGGACCGAACUGCACCGAGGAGUUUGUUCCAAACGCAGGGUGCUCCAGUGGUUCUGUAACGGGCAAGGUCAGCGUCAAUCCCUUCUUCUGCGAGUUGAACUCAGUGCCGUGCACCAAGGCGCACAUGCGAGUGGCGUACUCGCAGUGUAUGGGCGAGUCGGGCAUCACCGUCUCCACCGCCGACGGCGAGAAACCCGCGGCUCAGGUUAUUUAUUUCUUCAACAAGUCAUGCAACCCUGCCGCCAAGGGCUCAGCCCACCUCCCGCCUAUCACCUACAUCCCCUGCGACACCAAGUGCGGACCGGGAUCGUUCCUGCACGCCGACAAGUGCAAGAUAUGCACCCCAGGCACGUACAGCAUGGGAGGAGGGCUGCGCUUUGACAAGAUCUACGAGCUCGACAAGAAGUACUUCAAGACCACAUGCGAGUUCUUCAAUUCCACGGGCAAGCAUACAUGUGAACCGUGGUACGUUGAAGAUGGAGCGGUUAAAGUGGGGGCGUAUGACAGCCCGAACGAGUGGUUGCAAGACGAGUGUGACACGGAUGAGGACUACGAGUGUCACAACAACCUGCGGUCCGUGCUGCAGAUGACUGUUCGCCUCGUCCGCCCAGGGUACGUGAAGUUCAACUACACGGUGAACGCAGAGAAGGGUCUGGACGGGCUCUCCUUCUUCAUUGACGUCUCAGAGCAACCCGUCAUGCCCCUCGACUCCUACCAGUUCCAUCCGAAGCAGGUGAUGUUCAACCUGACGGAGGGCUACCACCACCUCACGUGGCUCUACUCCAAGGACCAUGAGUUCACACGCGGCCAGGACACCGCUGCCAUCACCAUGAUUGAGGUGGACGGUACAGACUACAACGACCACCGCUGCAGGCCCUGCGAGCCCGGCUUCUACAGUGCCGAGGGUGCAACAGAGUGCAUCCCAUGCCCACUCGACCACAUCUCCAAGGGAGGGGCAGCGCAGUGCGAAGCCUGUCCAGAGAACAGCUACGCGCUACACGUUCCACGCAUCAAGUGCUUACCCAAACCCACAUGCAGUCUGGAGAAGCAUGCGCGCUACACCUACACGCCCUGCAUGUCUGCCACCAACACUCGCACCAAGAAGUACGAGUGGGUGGAGCCGAAGGUGUGCACGGGGGGUGAUGUGCUCCCACCAGAGGACUCCCAGACCUGCCCGCCCUGUCCCUCGGGCCAGUACUACGAGGACUCUCCUGAAAACGGCACCAAGGCCUGUGUCUUCUGCCCUCCUGGCUCGGCGCGCGACGCAAGCAACGAGACGAUGGGGAACACGUGCGAGCGGUGUGAGCCGGGCAACGUGGCCAUCAAGUCGUUCAAGCUCGAGCACUUUGCACGCCAGCACGGAGGGCUGCCGGAGGGCUUCACCACCGGGUGCCGGGGGCAGUGCGGGUCCCCUGGGUGGCACGUGGUGAAUGAGCGCCUCGAGUCGGGCGUGGGCCAUGGCCAGUCCGUCUCGGUGUGGCUCAAGUACGAGGUGGACAUGGAGAUGGACGGACAGGUGACGUUCAACUACUCGGCACACCUGCCAGAAGGGGACACGCAGCGAGGGCUCUUCUUCUACGUCGAUGAGGACCUCGUCGUCGCCAGCGAGGAGGGGUACGAGGAGGGCGAGCCGGACACAGUGGUGACCACAGACCCGUGGGAGCUGAGGAAGGGCAAGCACACGCUCAUGUGGGUGUGGAUCAAGCUGCAGGACCAGCAGAAGGACACCACGGACGGCGCCAUUAUUUAUGACAUUCUGAUUGACGCAGCAACAAGGGGAGGAGCGAGCUACUGUGAGCCGGUGCCGGAGGGAGCUGAGCUGGCGGGGCAGGGCUCGUUCUGGACAGAGUGCCCUGCUGGGUUCUACAGCGAGGGGCUCGCUGCUAACUGCACUGCCUGCCCUCCCAACACAUUCAACGACAUGCCCUUCGGAAGCAAGGCGUCCUGCCAGCCCUGCAGCCCCGGCACCACCUCUCUAGCCGGCAGCAGCGAGUGCACCAUCGGAGACGUGGCGGUCCCCUCCUCCUACUGCUCCUACGUCCCGCCUGCUUCCGAGGAAGACGCCAAGCUCCCCCUCACCAUCUUCGACCUCUCCCCGCUCUCCCGCCGCCACCCCGGCCGUAUGUUCGGCCCGAUUUUCGACAACCCCAAGGCUAAGAAACGUUCUGAGGGGUCUCUGUACUACGUGAACGUGUGCGACCGGGAUAAGACCAACCGCACGUGCGCGAGCGUGCGUGGGGUUCCGAUGAAUACCUACGCGUGUAAGAUUAAUCCUGCGACGAAGCUGGAUAACCGACAGGGGCACCGGUUGGCGCAUAACCUAGGAAAGAAGAUUGAUCUGUCGCCGCUGGGGCAGGGCGCAGCGCUGUUCCGCAGGGGGUUUGUGAUGACGAUGACGGGGGACACGUGCGUGGCAGAGGACAAGGACCGCGAGCUCAAGAUCACUUUCAUCUGUGACCCCAAUGCUGGCUACGGGGCGCCAGAGGCAUGGACAGAGAAGGGCCAACAGGCAGCCCUGGACCCAGCCCUGACCUUCCCGUCAUGGGUGGAUCGCACGGGCGCCAUCAUCCCCAUAGGCAACGAGACGUCGUGCACGUACGACAUGGUGUGGUACUCGGCGUUUGCGUGCCCCAUGUGCACGUACGACGACUACGAGAUGGUCACGGUGCCCAACUGCAAGAACAACAAGUUCGUUGUCUUCAAGUACAAGGAGCCCAAGCUGUGCCAGCCCAACCCGCAGGCACCACUCCCAGACGACAUUCCCUGCCAGCCCUGCGCGGGAUUCCUGACGAGCAACAGCACAUGUGCCGACGUGCACGGGCGCCACAACAUCACCUACACGUACGAGGAAGAGGGCUCCUGCAACCCCUAUCUCAACGGCUCCGUCAAGCUCCCUGCUCCUGUCAUCGUCGGGCCGUGCGUCCAGACGCUUUACAUCGAGUCCGCGGAGCUGCUUAACGGGAAGACUCCGCCUGCUUACUUGCUCUUCCUCCACUCACUUGCACCCCAACUUGCACCCCUCGCGUCGCGCUCCGGCUCCGGCUCCGGCUUUGGCUCUGGUUCCGGCUCCGACUCACAGGCGGAGAUCGACGCGUAUCGGUUCGCGAUGCUGCAGCAGAUGCUGUGGGAGCAAGCCAAGUGGACCCUUCUAGACGCCAUUCGCAGCGGCAAUGCGACGGCCGGCGGCGUUGCGACGGGAGAUGGUAACCACACUCUCCCGAAAGGGUCUAUCGUGGUUCGCGUGCCGUAUGGCGCUCCUCCUCCGGGGCAGUCGUCGGGUGUUGGGACUGGGGCUGGUGGGGGUGGGAGCGUGGGGGAAAGCAGCAGCCCCGGUGGUAUCAACAGUGGCAGCGGCAGUGGCAGCGACGAGAAAGGCAGCAGUGGUGGUAGUAGGGUAGUGGAAGCAGCAGUGGUGGAGCGAGAAGCGGUGCAGAAGGCCGGAUUCCGGUGCGCAAAUUCCGCCCCGCUCGCCCUCGUGAGCCCCCUCGUGGCUCUCCGCGUGUUCGACCUCUCCCCCCUGCUCCUCGCCAAAGGUCCACGCGCGGGGGAAGCUAGUGCGCAGGCGGAGGGGGACGGGACGGGGGAGGUGAUGGGGGCGGAGGAGGAGGCGUGGGAGGUGGUUGCGCCAGGGCCUGCGCGGAUUGAGGUGAGGCUGGCGGUGGAAGGGGGGAAGGGAGGGGAGCAACGGCCAGGCGGACAGGCAGCGGGGCAAGCACGGCGCACAGGAGCUGGUGGUGAUAGUGGUGAGACCUACUGCGCUGUGAUAGGUGGAGGCACCAGCGGUGGCGGCAGCGGCAGCGGUGGUGGUGGUGAUGGGGGCGUGGCCUGGGACACGUCGCCGGUCUUGACACGUGCAGAGAAGCGCAGCAUCAGCAGCAGCAGCAGCAGCAGCAGCAGCUCAUCAGGCUCUAGCUAUGUGUGCACAUCCCCACGGCUGGGUACCUACACACUCGUUCAAUACCUGCAGUCACCCGAUGGACCUACUCCUUCCCCCUCGCCUUCCCCCUCUCCUGCUCCUUCUCCUCCCCCCACACCUUCUCCCUCCCCUCCCCCCUCACCUUCUCCCUCCCCUUCCCCCUCACCGUCCCCCGCCCCUUCCCCUUCACCGUCCCCUUCCCCCACUCCCGUCCCUACUCCCCCUCCUGACAGCUCUGCUCCACCUCCCACCACCACCACCACCACCACCACCUCUUCUUCCUCUUCCUCCUCCCUGUCCUCCCCAAAGCUGGUGCUGUCGCUGGCGCUGGUGGCGGCUGCGAGUGUGGCGAUGGUGGUCUUCGCCUGCAUCCUCACGCACCUGCUGUGCCGCAUUCGCGAGUGGGACGAGGAGGCCAAGGAGGUGACGGGGGUAGGUGGGAGCACGGAAUAG